GCAGCCCGAGCACCGCGCGGAGGGGGCAGGGGCGCUGAGGGGGGGGAACCCCGAGGGGCCUGGCGGAGGGAGGGAACGAGGGAGUCCCGAGGCCCGCGGAGCCAGAGCACACCCAGUAUAUGUGAGCAGUUCUGUAGAGCUCCAGGAAUGCUGACUAUUUGACAAACCAGAGAAAUGCACCUUUGACUGCAAGACUGUUAAAUUCCUGGCCCAGCUAUCUUCCCGGAAGGACUUCAAAUGGACCUUUACAAGUUAUCUACAAUGAUAGACUAAGAACAACCUACCAAGGAAAUGUUAAUGAAAACUAGUACUGAGACUGCUGAAGUUUUCAUUGGAAACAACAGAAUUCUUUGAUUUACCAUCUUCCCCUGUAAUGGAACAGAUAUUUUUGGUGAUAGUUGACCACCAUUUAGAGAUGGACAUAGGGCUGAAUUGUAACCACAGGUGCUGCGACAAAGAACACUUUAAAGAUGCAUAAAAGUCUGUUUAAAGUGAAGAGAAAGAACUGGAUAAAAUAAUGAGGUUUAACAGGGAAAAUGUACACUCUUCAGCCAAUUGAGAUUCAGCUCUUGGAGAAUACUUCUUUGAACCUCAUGGAUUAGCUGGAAUUUGGACUGUGAAGUCCUUGCUGAGAAGAGCUUUCAAGCUUUGAUCACCUGAACAGACUCUAGCAAUGGCCAGCAAACGGAAAUCUACCACUCCUUGCAUGAUACCAGUAAAAACUGUGGUGUUACAGGAAACAGAAGCAGACCCUGUUGAAGGUUUUAAUGAAGGAACUCAGCAAGAGUUACCUCCUGAAACGCCUACUGUUAAUGAUGCUGUUAACAACAACAAUAAUAAUAAUGGAACACUGUCUAAUGGGCAUCGAAGUACUUUGGAUGGUGAUUCUUACAUAUGUAAAUAUUGUGAUUUUGGGUCUCAAGACAUGAAUCAAUUUAUGGGGCAUAUGAACUCAGAACACACAGACUUUAAUAAAGACCCCACUUUUGUAUGUAUUGAAUGCAGUUUUAUGGCAAAAACCUCUGAAGGGCUUUCACUCCACAAUGCCAAAUGUCAUACUGGUGAAAUCAGCUUCAUUUGGAAUGUGGCCAAACAGGACAAUCAUAUAACUAUAGAGCAAAUCAUCUCUGAUAGCACCAGCAGUCAUGACCUUUCAGGGGAGUCCUAUGAAGAAGGAAUAGAUGGACAAGCUGAAAUUAUCAUUACUAAAACUCCAAUUAUGAAGAUAAUGAAAGGGAAAGCUGAAGCCAAAAAAAUUCACAUGCUGAAGGAGAAUCCAUCUGUUGGAGAGAAUUUACUAAGUCAGCCAUCCGGGGAGAACUUAGUUAGUCAGUCAGUUGGCGAAACUGAGAUGAAAGAGAGUGAUCAUUCUUUCACCAAUGGAUCUGCUCCAGGCAGCCAGGCAGCCAGCAACCCUGUGAAAACUUCACAUGUUGCCAAUGGUCCACUAAUUGGAACUGUGCCUGUUUUACCUGCUGGCAUAGCUCAAUUUCUAUCUAUUCAACAGCAACCCCAAGUGCAUACACAACACCAUCACCACCAGCCACUGCCCACAUCCAAGUCACUUCCCAAAGUGAUGAUUCCACUGAGCAGCAUUCCAACAUACAAUGCAGCCAUGGACUCAAAUAGCUUCCUGAAAAACUCUUUCCAUAAGUUCCCUUACCCAACCAAAGCUGAGCUUUGCUACUUGACUGUUGUGACCAAGUACCCUGAAGAACAACUAAAAAUUUGGUUUACUGCCCAAAGAUUGAAGCAAGGUAUCAGUUGGUCCCCUGAAGAGAUAGAAGAUGCAAGGAAAAAAAUGUUUAACACAGUUAUCCAGUCAGUACCUCAGCCUACAAUCACAGUUUUAAAUACCCCUUUGGUUGCCAAUGCUGGCAAUGUCCAACAUCUCAUUCAGGCUGCCUUACCCGGUCAUGUUGUUACAGGGCAACCAGAAGGUACAGGCGGAUUGCUGGUUACUCAGCCAAUAAUGGCCAAUGGGCUACAGGGGACAAGCUCCUCUCUCACCUUAGCCGUUACCUCUGUUCCCAAGCAGCCAGCUGUUGCACCGCAUAACACUGUUUGCUCAAAUACUGCAUCUACCGUAAAGGUGGUAAAUGCUGCUCAGUCUCUGCUCACUGCAUGCCCAGCUAUAACUUCCCAAGCUUUCCUAGAUUCUAGCAUCUACAAAAAUAAAAAAUCUCAUGAACAGCUAUCAGCUCUGAAAGGUAGCUUUUGUAGGAAUCAGUUCCCUGGACAAGGUGAAGUAGAGCACUUGACCAAAAUUACAGGCCUCACUACAAGGGAGGUUCGAAAAUGGUUCAGUGAUCGAAGAUACCAUUGCAGAAAUUUGAAAGGUACUCGAAGCAUGUUACCUGGAGAUAAUAGCUCUAUGAUUAUGGACUCCACACCAGAUGUUACCUUCACUCUGUCACCCAAAGCACCUGACCUAGCCUGUGUGACAACAGCAACGACACCAGGGGUUCAUCACUCAGCCAAACGGCAGUCCUGGCAUCAGACACCAGAUUUCACCCCAACAAAAUAUAAGGAGAGAGCACCAGAGCAGCUCAGAGCCUUGGAGAGCAGUUUUGCACAAAAUCCUCUUCCCCUAGAAGAAGAAGUAGACCGACUGAGAAGCGAAACCAAAAUGACAAGAAGAGAAAUUGAUAGCUGGUUUUCAGAGCGGCGGAAAAAAAAGUCUGCAGAAGAGAACAAAAAAUCUGAAGAAGCAGCUUCUCAAGAGGAGGAAGAGGCUGAAGAAGAUUGUGGUGAAGAUGAUGCUGCUGAUGAGUGGAGGGUUUCAAAUGAGAACGGCUCUUCAGAGGCCCCAGGUAGUGAUCAUCCUCAAGUGGAGCGGAAAGUCAGCCCCAUCAAAAUCAAUCUCAAGAAUCUGCGAGUGACAGAGGCAAAUGGCAGAAAUGAAUCGGUAGGACUGAGUGCCAAUGACCAUGAGGAUGAGCAGGGUUUGAGCAAAUCCCUGGAACAACCCAAGAACAAAGUGAAUUAUAAAAAGACAGCCCAGCAAAGGCACUUGCUCAGGCAACUGUUUGUCCAAACCCAGUGGCCAACAAAUCAGGAGUAUGAUGGUCUCGUCUCCCAGUCUGGCCUGCCCAGGGCCGAAGUCGUACGCUGGUUUGGAGACAGCAGAUAUGCACUUAAAAAUGGACAACUGAAGUGGUAUGAGGACUAUAAGCAUGGUAAUUUCCCCCCUGGUCUAUUGGUCAUCAGUCCAAGCAAUAGAGAGCUUCUUCAGGAUUACUAUAAAACACACAAAAUGCUGUAUGAAGAUGAUCUUCAGAGCCUAUGUGACAAAACUCAGAUGAGCUCACAACAGGUUAAACUAUGGUUUGCUGAAAAAAUGGGUGAGGAAACCCGAGCUGUAUCUGACACUUGCAGUGAGGACCAGUAUUCCAGCACUGGAGAACAAGCAGGAAAUCACAAAGGGACAUGUGACACCUAUUCAGAAGUGUCUGAGAACAGUGAGUCCUGGGAGCCCAGUGGCCAGGAGAUCAGUUCAGAACCUUUUGACACACUGAGCCCUCAGACUGGAAUCCAGCUAGAAGCAGAUUGAAUUUAAACUGACUGCUAUGAAGGAUCUGCCAAAUGUAGGAAGAUAUCAAAUGGAAUGGGCUGGAUCUGAACCUCUGCUGCAGGGGCCAGUUACAGUGCCUGCUGUUGUGAGACUUUUAGCCAAGCACACUGGGGAGAGGCUGUUGGGGAACUCACUGGUCGGCCCAGAGCUCUUCACAGCCAAUUUAGGAUGAUAUGCUGAGCUGGGCAGAGCAGGGUUCAUGUCAGAUUCUUCUUCCAGCAAUAUAGGACCUCUUCUUUGCCUUCCAGUGGAUAAAAUAUUUCAGAUUUCUUAUUCAUGUACAACAGAACCAACUUUUUAACAUAUACAUCUGCCUAUACACAUUUAAUAAAACAUCAGAUUACAAACAUGUUCAUUACAUAGAAACUUCUGAUUAGCAAAGCAGUGCAUUUCCUUUUUCUCUAUAUAUAUUUAGUGUCUGUUCUCUGAAGGUUGAUAUCACUACAUUUACUCCUCUCUAAGUCUUAUCAGGGUGCAGUGCAUUGAAUCUAGAGAGCAUGUCAUCAGUACACUUACAACUUUAUCUGGAAUCCUUUCUAUGGAUCCCUUUCUGAAAAUAAUUCUGCUUUGUUAAGCAAUCUCUGACCAGUAAGUUUAUAAGCAGCAGUUUUCUUGUCUGAAGUUAUAGUUGAAUAACAGCCAUUUUCCCCCAGGUUAAAAAACAAAACAAAAUAAAACUUAUUGGUUAUUUGGUUUCCUUUUCAUGAAAAAUUCUAGAUCAGUUAUUAACUAUUUUUCCAUUACUGGGUUAAGUGAAGAUGUACUUGAUCUUGAACCUGGUAUAUGUAUUCAGAUGCCUACUACUGAAAGCCAGAAAUGUUCCAGUAUUAGAUAAAAAGAGACAAAAUCCAUAAACAAAGCACAAAGCCACUAUGUGUAGUACCUUUCACCUGAGGAUUUCAAAGCACUUUAUAAAUGUUGAUCUCUAAAUCCUCAUACAAACUUGGAAAGGAUAAGAUGUGGCAAACAUAAUCACCACUUUACCAGUAAGAAAGCUGAGAAUGAGAAGAGAUUAAGUGACUUUCUUAGCUGUCUGAGUUGAGAAUAGCUCUCAAGUUUAAGUCAGUGGUAUAAGGCUUCCCAAUAAAAUCAUAAAACUUCUCAUCUUGCUAUUCUAAUCAUGAGUUUUCCUAGUCUUCUCGCUUGGUGAAUGCACAAGAUUUAAAGAUUAAGGAUGGAAAUCAUUAUUAAGCAGUGAUUUUUAAAAUGUUCCCCUCGAUUUGUAACCAAAUGUGGUUUAUUUAACUUUAAUCUCUAGCUUAUCAUUUUUGCCUACCUUGAAACUUUGGUAUUUUUGGAAAAUCAGCUGAAAUGAUACCUUUUGAAGUUUAGAAUAAUUGUUUGAAUGUACCAUCUACCUUAUUCAUACAAAAAUCCUCUAAUAUAAGAAGCAGCUUCCAUGGGAAGAUUUCUGAUCUCAUUUCUAGUAUAUCUCCCAGUGCAAGAAUGGACUGGAAAGCAUCUUAGACAAUUUGCAAGACUAACCUGUCUGUGUUUAUUAGCAACGUACACAGUUAUUUCCAGAGAAUUUCAUAGACUGUCAGAGUUAGAAGGGACCUCAGAAAUCAUCCAGUUCCCUUAUUUUACAGAUGAGGAAAUUGAAGUUCCAAGAGUUUAAACGCUUUGCCUAAAGUCAUACAGCUAGCAGAAUGGGACCUUGAGUCAGGUUCUCUGAUGCCAAGUCUAGUGGUCGAUACUAUAGACACUAUUCCAUUUCCUUUGCCUUGACUUCAGUAAGGUAAUGACUGCCAGCUCUUUAGGGUAGAGUUAGGGAGAGCAGGUGACAGGGCUUCAGGGUCUAGAGUAAACUGAGACACAGGAAAUCCUGAAAAAUAUAAACAUCUGUGGCUCUAUGAUGUGUGGCCAACUUAAGACAGGCAAGUAGAAGCUUAAAGAAAAUUAAUUAUGUUGGAAAUUGAGUGGCAUGAACUAUGGCUAGCUAGUAGAAAUCAAGCAUGCCCACCGCUCAGCCCUCAGUAUCCCAAAUAAACACUUUGAGGGCACACAUAGCAAGUCACGUAGCUGAAUUGGCCUAUAGUACUGAAAAAGGUGCCUUUUCUGGGGGCAAGGGAAAUUUUAUUCUGUGGUCUGGGAGAAACCUCUCUUUGAAAUCCGAAGGCCUUCCUACUACUUCUUCCAGACCCUAACCCCUCUAGCUCACCUCUUUUUCUUGAGAAAAUGACCUGGGAGUUUUACCAAGACUUGCGUUCUGUCAUUUUGCACCCUGUGUUGGAUAUGACAGUGGGGUGGCCCUGAUGGAUUGUGUUGAAUAUUACGUCAAGAGCAUGGAUUUGUGAGUGAUAGCUUCCUCCAGAGAACAAAUACAUGACUUUUUUCUCUAGCGUUUAUAUACAUACAGGUUAAUUUAUAUAUGCACAUAUACAGUACAAAUAAUCAUUUGAUAUUACCUUGUAAAAUGUACAUGAUAUGUGCAUUUUAGUAAAUGAAUUAACAUAGAUACUAAGGGAAAAAAACAGCUCAUGCAUUGGAAAUGAAUGUCUUUGUAUUUAUUUGUACACUGAACACAACUGGGGGAGAGGCAAAGAGAAGGCCAGUUUCAAAGUAUCCCACUUAAGAAUCUCACUUCCAAAGUGACAGCCCUUGAAACACAAUCACUCCCAUAGUUUCUUCAUGUAUUAACUACAGAGUUUUACUGGAGAAUGUUUUCUUGGUUCUUUUAUUAGAGGUCAUAUUAAAUGUAUAAUCCAAACACUGUAAUGGAAAAAAUUAGUAAUAGAAAAUUGCAGUGUUGGAGCAUAUUCAGUCAGAGUUCACAGAAUGCACUCUGGACAUGAAAACUGUCCACUAUACAUGCAGGUCCACUUACAUAAAAAGCAGUUUAGUGGAAGACUUAGGAGCUUUUUAAUAUUGUGAACUUUUUUCAUACGCAUUAGCCCUCUCAAAUGGCUAUGACCUAAUGGCUGCACAGUCAGCACUGUGAGAGAACCAGGAAGGAAAACUGAAAGGGAAAUCCCAGGGAUGCAGACAAGACCCAUGUUCUGCUCAUGUCCUUGUAUCUGAGUGUAUAUAAAUAUGGUUUGAUAUUUAUUCUUGCAGAUAAUUUACAUAAGCAAGUGAUGAAGGAAGUAGUUUGAUCUCAGAUCCAUGUACUUAAAAUGGAAUAAAAUAAAAAUAUUAACUGUAUGGGUGUCAGAGGCCCAGUGCUUUGGGUGUAAAUCUCAGGAGAUACCAAAACUGAGCAGAAAAAUUGGAAGCAAAAAAAAAAAGGUUCAUGGAGUGGACAGCUAGGUUUAAUGGUCCUGGCAGCAACCAUUGUGGUAUUCUAGUACACAUUGCCACAAUUUUGCAUGUAGCCAAAGUGUUAUGUUGUCUUCUAAGUGAAGACAAUCUUUUGAAUUAGGAGUAGGAGAGAACUGGGACUUAAGUUGGUCUUUCUUGAGGAAAAAAGAAUGUUUUAUAAGCUGACUAACCUUUCACUUCCUUUUCCCAGUAUGCACUUGGACUUUGGAGAGUAGUAAGAUUAUGUACAUUUAUGUUUCUUAUUGCCUGUUUUUUUAAAUGUUUAAUUUUUUUACAUGAAGAUAUAGAUCGAUUUUUAUAGAUGAAACCAGAUCUGUUAUGUUGAAGGAAAUACAGGAUAAUGUGGUAUGCUUUUCAUAUUUUUGAUUACUUGUUUGAAGUUUUGAUUGUAGAAAAGAUUUUGUGUUUUAAGAGUUCUCAUUUUUAAAUAGGUUUUUAAAAAAUAGAUUACUGAAGUCUGAUCUCUUAGCACUUUGACUUUUUUUGUUAGUUGAAUGCACUAAUAGUUAGACAGCUUCUGUGAGUGCUGCCUCAUUUCUAAUAUUUGAUCUCUUAAUUCAUACACUUAGGCUCUGUUUCUGAUUUAUUCACGAUCUGCUUGAUUAUUUGCACUGUUUUCUAAGGACAAAAGAAGUCAGCUUAAGGUAUUAGAGGGGAUCUUUCCUUGGUUUCAAGCAUGCGGACAGUUAUUCCUACUCCCCUCUUGCCUGGGAUUGUCAUAGGAAUUCAGAACAUUUCUCCAGACUGGCAUCCUGGCAAGUGGUAGGCUCACUCAUCGAGUGAGCAGAUGGUGACUAGCAUUCCUCUUCCACUCUCCUCCAGCUUCUUGGACAGCACUCCUAUCAUCUUUCUCCUCUGGGUGUCAGAAUAUAACCUUUCCUUCAGUAUGUGAAUAUUCUCCCAAUAACCUGUCUUGGACCCUAUCAGCUCUUAUCUUCCUUCCUUCUUAAUGGACCAAAAGAGUUUGGUUGAGGUUAGCAGGCAAUAGUAUUUUAUUGUCAACUCAGGCAGUCAGUCCCCAAGGAAUAGAAAAGGACUUUUAGAAUGUUUUUAUAAAGCACUGCAAAGCCCUUGACUGUACAAAAGCUAUGUUGAUGUAAAGCUAAGGGUGAUACUUCUUUAAUGUAUGUUUAAUAAAUCCAGAUUUUAGUGUAUGGUUGGUUAAGUCCUGCCUGUACCAUGUAGAGCAGAGGGCAGUGUUCAGGACUAAGGUAAUUUCCCUCAAAUGGAUGUGUGUACUGCCAAUAACUCAUUAAGAUUUCUGUAAUGCACUAGUUAUCCUAUCUUGUGAUUUGUCCAAGCAGUAAUGCACGAAAAUAAUCAUUCAGGUGUCAUUCAUAAGAAAUAGAAAGAGUAGUCCACCUGGGAAGACUUCCAUUAAACACACUGUUUUUCAAGAAACUGAGGAUGUGGUACCAUCCAGAAUUCCAUUGCUUUCACUCAAAUAGCCUCAUUUUUGCAGACCCUAGUUACUUUUCCAGACUCUGGUAAUAAGGGUAAUUGGAAGCCCAACUUCCUUGUAUUCUUUUUGAAUGCAGAGCACCCAUUAGGAGCUUUUAUUUGAUAAGGCUGAUAAAUGUGUACAGGUAAAUGAACACAAACCCAAGUAUAAAUAAUACUCUGGAGCAUUAAUAAUAUUCAGAUAUGGCUAAGGACAACACCUGUCUAUAGAAAGCUUCACUUUACUUUCAGAGAGCAGAUAUUAAAAACCUAGGCCCUGUCUUCCAAAAGCUAAUAUGUCAUACAUCCUGUUUUCUGUAGCCCAUGUAUAAUUUGGCAAGUUGCAUCCAGGUUGUAGAAAAAUCAUUAAUAAACAGUGGGGAAACCUAAGAUAAUUGGGAUACAUCAGGGGAUUACUUGGUUUAUUUAUGUAGUUAUAUGUGAAGAUUAAAACCCAAUUUUUAAUACUCAGUUUCUGUUCAGAUUAUAUCAUGUCUUUCUCAGAGUCAGGCUAGUCAUGUUAGCGGGAGGAAAAAAAAAUCUACUGAGCACCUCCUGGCUAGACUAUUGGUUGUUAAUUGAAAAGGGUGUCCCAUAUAAUUUGACCAUCCUUAAACCUAGUCUUUUAUGUAGGUUAACAUAAUUAUUAGUUUUCUUCUAGGGAUUAAAGUUGUUUUUCUCCCAUUUAUCAAUUCAGCAUAUUCCCAGUACCCUGAGUGAUUGAAGUGAAUUGGUAACUGAAUUUGGCUGCCACCUUUCUGUCCUCUCGGCCUGGGUACACAAAGCCCUGAUCACCAAAAAUAAUGACCAAGUAGGAAAUUUAGUGUGGUGUGGAAAGGAUUACUGUUGUAAGGACUGACUUGCUGUGGAUUCUUUAUAACAGUACUUUUUUUGUAUGAGUGAAGACUUGUAGGAAAGGUUAUUUCUUAAAUCAAAGCUUUGUCUUUUGGGGUCUGAAAAUAUAUACAUACAUAUAUGUAUAUAUAUAUAUAUAUAGUUUGGCCUGGUCAAGGAGGCAACAUUAAGCAUUUGCAUUAAAAUAUUUAAUAGACAUAGCCUUUUGGAAGGCUGUCUGCUUCCAAAUGGCUUUGGUGGAAUAACUCUUCUGGGAGAGGUUCGAGGGCAAGCAAGGACAAGUCGGAGAUUAUAAUUAAUCCUUGUUUUGGUGUAGUUUUCAGAAAAAAGGAGAAAAUUAGGGGAGGAAGGGAUAGAGGGGGGAGAGAAAGACUAGAAUAGCUUGUCUUGGUUACUGCAUUAAAAGCUUUUUCAUCUAACUUUUUGUCCCUCUUUUGAAGGGAUGAGCCAGGAAACUGAAAUCAGCAGGAAAAUCUAGGAUAAAAGCUGUUCAGAAUCACAAAAUGUGGGGUUUUUCCCAAGUCAGGAUCACAUUCUUAAGUGUUAACUCUACUCACAUGGUGCCUAUUAACUCUAUAAUUUAAUUUAUAUUUCAAAAGAAUUAUAUCAUCUCUGCCUCCUGCCUAUAACACUACACCAUGUUUGCAGUCUGCUGGAAAAUGGAGGCAUAUCCUAUUAUAAAUGGUAGACUAGAACCAGGAAGAGUGUGGUUUUACAUCCCAAAUACUUAACCUGAUAAUCAGCCCCACUGUUUUCAGGUGGGAAUUAAAGAAGGGACACAGUUAAUCUUGGGCAAUUUGUAAUUCCUGCUUUGUCCAUAGGCAAAAGCUUUUUUCCGUUGUGCCAGGAAGAGUGGCCUGUACCAUGACUGUUAUUUUUUAAAAAAAAAAAAAAAAAGGAAAACCUGCCAGCACUCUCCCUGUCCCCCUGUAGAUUCUUCAUUGAGACUGUUAUUAAGCACACCCUUUGUAAAAACCAGCGUUUUUUGCCAAUGAUCUACAGGCAGCUUCCUGAGAGCAGCUCUGCUUCUCUCUCCUCUCCUACUUACUUGUGAUCUAAUUUGAGUAUAAGCACUUUGUUCUUUAUAUACUGCAGGAAGAGAUUUUGAGAAAGAUUGUUAAACAUCUUGCUGUUGCAAGACUGACCUCUGCUGAGAAAUAGGCUGGAUUUGAAAAUAAAAUUCAUUUCAAUGAAUUCAGCAGUUCAAAAUGGACCUGUUUCUGGUGGCUUGUAUAAAGGUAAAGAACUUUAGCCAGACUGUAGACUGAAUAAGGGGCCCAUUUCACAUGUAGUAGAAACAGGCCUUCCUUUCGGAUUCUGAAGAUGAGUGGUAGGGGAUGUGGUGGAGAAACCAAGGGACUAAGACAGUGGCACAUGUUAAUUUAGCCUUAUGUGUGAAGAUAACUUUUUUUUUUACUGUGGGUAAACAUUUUUUAAAAGUUUAAAACCUGCCUUAGAUUGGGGCUGUGGUUAUUGCUACUGCCUGCAGUGGCUCAUGUGAGUGCAAACUUACCUACAGUUGGUCUCAAGGGCUAGCACUCCUCACAGCACUACUGCUCCUUCUAAGAAGUACAUUGUGUAUUUCCCUAAAUCUUGUAUAUGUGGACUUGAUGUGGGGAAGGAAAAAGAAAAGAAAUUGUUUGUAUAGUUUGCAAUGGUUCUAAAUGGUACUUCAAACCUUGAUUAUUCCUAAAUAAAAUACAUAAAACCAUCA